AUGUGUCAAGACAAUCAAGGCGUCUUUGCUGAUUCAAGUGAUUCUCGUCAAGCAACGGAUAAAAGAACUAGGGAGACAUCAGAGAAAAAGGAAAAAAAAAGAGAUAGUGAUGAAGGAGGAGAAGUUGCUGUAGACGAGCUAUUAAUCGCGUUUGAUGUCGAGUUAGGAGUCGGAGAUUUUGAUAUAGCAAUGCCAGCUGACGCCGCCUUUGUUAGUGGCGACAGGUGGGGAGGUUGGCGAUGA